AUGAGAUUAUCAUCCUCAACCUCUGAAAAUCUUUCAACAAUAGUGGGUCCUAGUCUUCAACGUUCACCUUCAAAGCCUGAUAUUUUAUCUGUUGGGGAAAUUGUUGCAGACACAUUGAGAUGUCUAGCUUCUGGUAAAAGUAUGGUUGAUAUUAUGUUCAAUUUUCGGAUUGGAAAAUCAACAAUUUCCAAGUUAUUAUUGAUCGUUGUAUUAUUUAAACCUAGUACGGAUGGUUGGUUAAAAAUUGCUAAUGAAUUUGAAGCUAAAUGGCAAAUGCCACAAUGUGUUGGAGCUUUAGAUGGAAAGCGCAUAGCUUUUGCAAGGAGUGGUUCUGUAAAUUUUAAUCAUAAAGUUAGCCAUAGCACCAUUCUUAUGGCACUAUGUGAUGCUAAUUAUAAUUUUACUUGUGUAAAUAUUGGAAUGCCUGGUGGAUGUAAUGAUGUUGGAGUGUUUAAAGCCAGUAAAAUGGGCAAGAAAAUGUUGAACAACACAUUGCAUUUUCCUAAAGCAUCUGCUAUUAGUAAAAAUAACAUUAAUAUACCAUACUAUAUUGUGGCAGAUGAAGCAUUUCCAUUUAAUACUUACAUGAUGAGACCCUAA